AUGAAUGUACUGACACUUUCAAUUACAAGAUCUUGUUCUUCAUUAAAUUACCUCCUUAAAAAAGCGCAGUUGGGGACCCUUGUUGAAGUGUUUGAAAGCAACCAGCGGUGGUUGUGGUAUUGUGGUCUCCAGACACACAAGUGCAAUACAAAGACCAUUUUUAUAACUAUUUCACCUGCUGAUGUCAAUUAUGGAGAAACCUUAAGUACACUGCGAUAUGCAAAUAGAGCCAAAAACAUCAUCAACAAGCCUACUAUUAAUGAAGAUCCUAACGUCAAACUAAUUCGUGAGCUGCGAGCUGAAAUAGCCCGAUUGAAAACCUUGCUUGCUCAAGGGAAUCAGAUUGCACUCUUGGAUUCUCCUACAGCUUUAAGUAUGGAGGAGAAGCUUCAACAGAAUGAAGCAAGAGUACAGGAGCUUACCAAAGAGUGGACAAACAAGUGGAAUGAAACUCAGAACAUCCUAAAAGAACAAACCUUAGCUCUUAGAAAAGAAGGAAUUGGUGUUGUUUUAGAUUCUGAACUCCCUCACUUAAUUGGCAUUGACGAUGAUCUUCUCAGUACUGGUAUCAUUUUGUAUCACUUGAAGGAGGGCCAAACCUAUGUCGGUAGGGAAGAUGCUGCAACAGAGCAGAAUAUUGUUCUUCAUGGCCUUGAUUUGGAAAGUGAGCACUGCAUCUUUGAAAAUCUCAAUGGGACAGUGACACUAAUACCACUGCAUGGAGCACAGUGUUCUGUGAAUGGAAUUCAGAUUACAGAGGCCACGCAACUAAACCAAGGUGCUGUUAUAUUACUUGGGAGAACCAAUAUGUUCCGCUUUAAUCAUCCCAAAGAAGCUGCCAAACUGAGGGAAAAAAGAAAGAGUGGACUGCUGUCUUCCUUCAGCUUGUCCAUGACAGAUCUUUCAAAAUCUUGUGAGAACCUCUCAGCUGUCAUGCUUUAUAAUCCUGGACUAGAAUUUGAGAGACAGCAACGAGAAGAGCUAGAAAAAUUAGAAUGUAAAAGGAAACAGAUAGAAGAAAUGGAAGAAAAACAAAGAUCUAACAAGGCAGAGCUGGAAAGGAUGCAACAAGAAGUAGAGACACAGCGCAAAGAAACAGAGAUAGUGCAGCGGCAGAUCCAAAAACAAGAAGAGAGCUUGAAACGACGAAGUGUUCAUAUUGAGAGCCGAUUAAAGGACUUGUUGGCUGAAAAAGAAAAAUUUGAAGAAGAAAGACUACGGGAACAACAGGAGAUAGAACUUCAGAAAAAGAAACAACAGGAAGAAAUAUUUUCUAAAGUUAAGGAAGAGCUGCAGCGACUGCAGGAACUUAAUCACAAUGAAAAAGCUGAGAAAAUGCAGAUUUUCAGAGAAUUGGAAAGACUUAAGAAGGAAAAGGAUGAACAAUAUAUAAAGCUGGAAUUGGAAAAAAAGAGGCUUGAAGAGCAAGAAAGGGAGCAAGUGAUGCUGGUAGCUCACUUAGAAGAACAACUUAGAGAAAAACAGGUCAUGAUACAACUGCUGAAGAGAGGAGAUGUGCAGAGGGUUGAAGAAGAGAAAAAGGACCUUGAAGAAAUUAGAGAAUCUCUCUUAAGAGUCAAGGAAGCCAGAUCUGAAGGUGAGGAAGACUGUGAAGAGUUAGAAAAAGCACAGCAUAAGUUCAUGGACUUUAAAAGAAAGCAGCUAGAGCAGUUAACUUUUUUUGAGAAAGAUUUAGUUCAACAAAGAGAUCACCUGGAAAAUGAAGUAGCAGAUGAACAUGAAGCUCUGGACCAUUUAAAAUGUAAACAUGAAGAACAGUUAAAUCUCCUCAUGAAAGAUGAAGAAAAUGGCUUGGAUGCUGCCCUGCUGGCUGAAGAAUUUGACAAGAUAAGACCAGCAGAAUACACACUACAGUACAAAGAACGUCAACUUCAAUACCUGACCAAUAAUCAUUUGCCAGCUUUGCUGGAAGAAAAGCAGAGAGCUUCUGAAGUCCUUGAUCGAGGUUUACUAGGAUUAGAUAAUACUCUUUAUCAAAUUGAGAAAGAAAUAGAAGAAAAAGAAGAACAGCUUUCUCAGUUUAGAGCCAGCACAAACCAGCUCCAGCAGCUUCAAGAAACAUUUGAAUUCACUGCCAACGUAGCUCGUCAGGAAGAAAAAGUUCGGAAAAAAGAAAAAGAAAUUCUUGAAUCAAGGGAAAAACAGCAGAGAGAGGCACUAGAACAAGCUGUGGCCAAAUUGGAAAGAAGGCACUCAGCUUUGCAGCGUCGUUCCACAAUAGACCACGAAAUUGAAGAGCAGAAACAAAAACUUGCAACUUUGAACAACCACUGUAGUGAACAGGCAGGUCUUCAAGCUAGUCUAGAAGCUGAACAUAAAGCCUUGGAACAAGAUAGAGAACGGCUGGAUCAGGAAAUUCAGCAGCUGAAACAGAAAAUUUAUGACGGUGAUGGUAUUCAAAAACCUUAUUAUGGAACAACAGAAGAAAGAAUCUCUCUCACCAGUUCCCCUACUAGCCCUUCAAAGUCUCAGUCCCAUUUGAUUCCACCAGUUGAUGACAGAUUGAGUGCAUUUAUUGAAGAAGAAGUUCAGAGGCGUCUGCAGAAUAUUCACCAUGAAGAUAACCAUAUGAGCCUAUCCCAAUCUACAGAAGUUCUAAAGGAUAAUGAGAAGCUUCAUAACGGUACUGUUCAACGCAAGCUGAAGUAUGAGCGGAUGGUCUGUCGCUCUCUGGGAGCAAAUCCAGAGGACCUGAAGGACCCAAUUAAAAUUAGUAUUCCACGCUAUGUCCUUUGUGGGCAGGGAAAGGAUGAGCACUAUGAGUUUGAGAUAAAGAUAACAGUCUUGGAUGAAACGUGGACAGUAUUCAGGCGGUACAGCCGUUUCCGAGAAAUGCAUAAAACGUUGAAAUUAAAGUACCCAGAGCUUGCUACCUUAGAAUUCCCCCCAAAGAAACUCUUUGGAAACAAAGAUGACCGAGUGAUUGCAGAACGACGGAGUCACUUGGAGAAUUACCUCAGAAACUUUUUUUCUGCAAUGCUCAAGUCUCCAUCCUCUCCAUUACACAUUGAUAAAGUGGGACUCACCCUGUCAAAACACACCAUCUGUGAAUUCUCGCCCUUCUUCAAGAAAGGAGUGUUUGACUACAGCAGUCAUGGGACCGGCUAACUGUGGUGCCAAGGAUUCUUUAUCAGCAGAGCAAAAUCCAAAGUGGUGCCUUUCAUUAUGUGCUGUGAGAAAAAUGCAAAUAAAAAAAUAGUUUCCCUGCCUAGAAAUGUUUCAUCAGAAACUUUGCCAGUUAAAAACGGAUAUGCAACAAAGCUAACCCUCAUCCUUUAACAGUUCUCAUCUUUAGUGCCUGCCUUUUCUUGGCAUGGGAUAUGCAAACAUUUGUUACUGCUACUUGAUCAAGUAAUGACAUACAAAAAUUCUAAUUCUUAUGCUGUGUUUGGAAGUUUGUCCUUUACAUUUGCUCAGACAAUUCAUUACAGUAGUGCAAGAUUAUCUCCUGAUUCCUGAGGGCAAUUUUUGUAGCAUUCAGUUUCUUUUUAGAUUCUAUCCAAACUGUUUCAUCUUUUUUUUUUUCUUUUUUCCAUUGCAUAUUGUGGCAUUUGAGUUGAUUCUUACAUUCUGUUGUUAUGUAUUUGUCCAAGGGAAACACAGAUUAACUAUUUGGCUUCAUCAUUUUUUUUUCUAAGAAUUAAAGGACCUAUGAGUUGAAUGUUUACAAAAUAUGUACUGCAGAGGACUUUAACUUCAACCCUGUAAAAGUCUUCCACGCUUGAUUAUACAGAAGCAGAAUGAAUCACUUACCAUUCAUUUAAAAAAAACAAAAAAAGAAGCAAUAGUAAUUCAAGAAUGAGGUCAGCAUUUUCAUAUAUUCUAAUGAUGUGGAAUGUAACUGUAUACUGUGCACUGUACUGAGCUCACAGUGAUGCACAAACCUAAUGCAAAAUGCUGUAUAUUUUUUAAAGGUGAUUUCUUUGCUGUAGUGUAAUUCUAUCUUACCUGAAUUUUAGUUGCACAGAUACAAGAUUUUACUAAUACUGCUUUCAAAUUACUCAGGACUUGUUCAGAAUUGCACAUGUAUAUAAAGUAUAGGUUUCAUUUUGUAUUCCAUAGAUCAAAAACAUUGCAACUGGAAAGGUACAUAUACAUGUUACAUAUAACAAUUGUAUAAAAAGUGAAAUCAAAUAAUUUUCACUUAUU